AUGGCGACGGGUGGUGCCUCCGAAGGCUUGCAGGGCCUGUUGCCCAAGGCGGAUCGGCCCACACGAGGCGUGGCCUCAGCCUGCACCAGCGUUGCCUUUCGGGCUCAUCCCCACGAGGAGCUUGUGGAUGUGCUCAAGGACGUGGUGACCCAACAUGGCUUGCGAGCAGCCUUUGUGCAGACCUGCGUAGGCAGCAUUGAAAAAGCAUGCUUGCGCCUUGCCAGUGCCAACCGUGAAAAUGGAGAGGAUUUCUCUGAUUUCCUGGAACUGGAUGAACGCUGCGAGAUUUGCUCGCUUGUCGGAACGCUGGCCGUUGAUGAGGCCGGCAACUUUGCCAAGCACCUCCACGUGACGCUGGCCGACAAGGCUGGUCGAGUCGUGGGAGGCCAUGUCAUGAGCCUCCAACUCUUUACCACUGCAGAAGUUGUUCUGGGUGAAUUGACUCAGGCCGUGUUUGACCGGCCCCUUGACCCAGAGACGGGCUACGACGAGCUCACCGUUGAACCUCGCUAGGGACCCUGCAAGCGCCACUGCAACCCCUCGACAUAGUGGCCAGGGGAUGACUUGCUCCCCAAAAGAGCCCCCCACGUUCUAGCAUGGCCGCAGGCUUUUGUUCCUCGCCUUGGCCCUUCUCGAUGGCUCAUGACCCUUCCCUCAUUUCUUCUUUGUCACUGGCUGCAAGACGACGCACGAGUGCGCUCGAGCCAGAACGCAACGUGCUCUCAUCCUAUCUAAGCAUGAGUUGGCAUGCUUCCUGGGCCGCGCAAUCAGCGUGCUCUACCUUGAGGCACUGGGUUGUGUGCCGUGAGAG